UAAUGCUGCUGGAGCUGCGCCGCUGCGGGCGGCCGCCGUCCCCCGGCCCCGGCGAGCGGCGGGAGGAGGGGGAGGAGGAGGCAGAAGAGGAGGAGGAAGAGGAAGAGGAGGAAGCGGCGGCGGGCGAAGAUUGUUGCAGCAAGUGCAAGAAGCGGGUGCAGUUCGCCGACUCGCUGGGGCUGAGCCUCGCCAGCGUCAAGCACUUCAGCGACGCCGAGGAGCCGCAGGUGCCUCCCGCCGCGCUGUCCCGCCUGCAGAGCCCGGCCGCCGCCGAGCCGGACCCGCCGCCGCCCGGCGAGGACCCGCCGCAACCCGCUCCGCGCCUGGUGCCCGACUUCCCCGACGGCGGGGAGCCCAGCGCCGAGCGGCUGCAGCGGCAGCGCGUCUGCCUGGAGCGGCUGGGGCGGCCCGCGGCGCCCACCGACGUGCGGGGCACGGUGCGAGUGCUGGGCGGCCCCGGCCCCCAGGAGGUGACGGUGCGCUACACCUUCAACGAGUGGCUCUCCUUCCUGGACGUCCCGGCCGCCCCGCUGCCCCCCGACCCGCCGGCCGAGCGCUACUGCUUCACCCUGCCCGUCCCGCCGAGCCUGCGGGAGGGCUCGGCCCUUCACUUCGCCAUCCGGUACCGCGGCCCGCAGGGCGAGUUCUGGGACAACAACGGCGGCCGCAACUACACGCUGCGGUGCUGUGGCUGCCCCGAGGUAGCCCCCCGUGAUUGAUGGGCGCCCGAACGGGAGGGCAGGGGCAGGCGGCCGCAGCCCCGAGGCCCUAUCGGGAGAGCCCCACCCCGAAGACUCCCCCAGACCUGGUGGUUUUUAAGCGGGCGCUUCAUUUUUUCCAGCGAAGGAUGGACGUGCAUAGUGUUGCGUUGCUGUGGCUUGUGGAAUCGUUUUCCUUUUAUUUUGUGGCGAGAAGAAGAGACUGAGUAGCGUGGGCUUUGCUUUUCCCCUCUUGAAGUGAAUUUUUGGGGUCUUGAUUCAGGCUUGACUGCGCCUGCCUGGUUAGUCAGAGCUGCACAGAGCGCUGGUGUGAAAACUGUGAUGUGUUCGCUCCAGAUGUAACUUUGGAUCCAGGUUUUCCUGUUGUCACAUCUAUUUCAAAGACAUAGUACUGUGACAGCAAUGGUGUGCUUUGUCUUUUUUGUUUUUAGUUAUUUUGUUAGUUGAAUGGACUCUGUGACAAUAUGAUUCACUGCUGUGAGCACCCGUCAAGCUCACGACAGGCUUGCCUGCCCGUCCCACCUUUGCUGUGCCUGCGGCAUCUCUAACAACAGCCUGUUUUGGGGCUGGCUGUGGGGCUGGACUGGGCUGCUCUGGUUUUUGUCACUCAGCACACUUGGAUACCGCUCCCUGCCUUCCCCGGGCCUGUGCGCACAUCCCGCCUGGCUAAUAGCAGCCAACAGGGACUUCUGCAAAAAUGUUUUUGCUUAAAAUAGACUGGUGACUUCUUCUCACACAGAUGAGAAGUCUAAAACUGGGACAGAGGAGGAGUUAAAGCAUUUGCUGAUGCUGCGUUUAUCAGGAGAACUUUGCUAACACCUUUGAGUAACGCCCUGUGAAGUAAAAGCUGGUGUCUGCUUCGCACACAGUUCGGUAUUUCCAGGUUUGGGGAGUGGUGACUAGUUUGGAUGACCUUCUCCCAGAGGAGGGCCGAUGCUACACAGAGGGUGUCCUCAGUAACAAAUGAAAACAAGUGCCUUAGUUCAGCUCUCCCUGUAUUACAUUUUGCACCACAUUUCUCAACUAUUUCUAAUUUAUUCAGCUUAUUUUGCUACAUACUUUUCAGUGUUUGUAUGUUGGUGGGAAAGGGGUUUGUUGUGCUCACGGUUGGGCUUUGUUGCGUUGGGCACUUAAAAUGGUUUCUGUAGUCUUCACUCUUGACCUGCAAGCCUGGAGGUUGACUACAACUGGUGCCCCAAGCCCUGAAAUUAAGCAAAAAGUACCAAUGAGAAUGGGUUUGUAAGAAUAAAAAAAGCUUUAAAAAACUUGAAAAGCUCA